AUGAAAAUACAUUUAUCAUCAGAUGAAGUUAAUUUACUUAUUUAUCGCUAUUUAGUAGAGAAUGGUUUUGUACAUACUGCUUAUGCCUUUUUUAAUGAAGGAAGUAUAUCAAAAAAUUCUUAUUAUAUAAGUCAUGGUGAAAAAUUGCCAAGUAAUGCUUUAGUAUCUUUUUUACAAAAAGCAUUGAUAUAUAUAUAUAUAGAAUAUCAUACUGACAAUAAGGAUGGAAAGAAAAUUACGUGUGAGGAACCUUUCUCCUUUUUCAGAAGACAUGAAUGUUGGAAUGAGGAAAAUGAUUUAUCAGAAGAAGAUGAUAACAAAAUAGAAAUUCGUAAGGGUGAAAAAAAUUCUAGUAAUAAUUUAAACAGUUUAACUACGAGCAGUAAUGUUUUUGAUAAUAACAAUAAUAACGGAAACGAUAAUAGUAAUAAUAAUAGCGUAAGUAACAAUCGAAAUAUUAUCAACAGUAAUAAUAGUAGUGUUAGUACUAAUAAUAAUAAUAAUUACAAAAAUUACAGUAAUAACAAAAAUUAUAGUAAUAACAAAAAUUAUAGUAAUAAAAAAAAUUACAGUAAUAAAAAAAAAUACAGUAAUAACAACAAUAACGAUAAUAACGAUAAAAUCAGCAAUAACGGUAAUAACAGCAAUAAUGAUAAUAGUAACAAUAACAAUAAAAGUAAUAGCGAUAAUAAUAAUAAUAAUGUGAGCAGUAAUCACGUUAAUGAUGAUAACAGUAAUGAGAAUAAUAAAGACAAUGUUAACAAUAAUAACGUUGUUAAAUCGAAAGUAAACGAUAAACCGAAUAUUUAUAGAAACAGCUUUUCGAAAUUCGCGAGCCUAAAUUACAAUGAUAGCAAUAUUUCUUUUAAAGAUAUAAAAAGAAAUUAUGCAAAUAUCUUCGCGCAAGGUAAAACUACCAAGAAAAGUUCUUCAAAUAAGAAAAAAAACAAUAACAAUAAUAUUACAGACAUAAAUGAAAGCGUCAUAAAAGAGGAAUCAAAUAGUACCACGGGUAAUAAAAGAAAGAAAGCUAAAGUUAUAAAGUCUUCUAACAAAUCAAAUCAAAUAGAACCUAAUGACAACAAUAAAAGUAAUGAUAUAAAUAACAGUGUUUUACUUGACCAUAAGAAAAAGGUAGAGAGUAAUUUGACUGAAUCCAAAUGUGAAAAUAUGCAAUCCAUGAAUUCUCGUACUUCAACGAAAGAUUAUAUUGUUGUGAAUAAUAAAAAUAAAAAAGGUAAUUUUCGAAAGCAGAAUAAAGGAAGUGAUAACGGAAAUUACAUAAGUAAUAACAAUAAUAAUAAUACUAACAAUGGUAUUAGCAACAACAGUAUUAGCAACAACAGUAUUAGCAACAACAGUGGUAGCAACAACAGUGGUAGCAACAACAGUGGUAGCAACAACAGUGGUAGUAACAACAUUAAUAGCAACAUCAUUAGUAGAAGCAAUAGUAACAGUUAUAACAAUGUAAGCAAACGAGAACCUAUAUUUGCGAGCAUUUCGCAAAAUAGUAGUUCAUCUGUGAAGAAAAAGAAAAAAAAAAAGAAGAAAAGCAAAGAAUUUUCUUCAAAUAUAAUUAAUAGUAAGAAGACAAUAAAAGUUCCUUUAAAAAAGGAAAAAAAAAAUAUUUGCAAGAAUAUUAAGCUGGAAAAAACACCCCCAAAAGUACCAGAUAAAGAAUUAGAUAACAAGUUAGUAAUUAAUAAUAAAUAUAAUAAUGGUAAUAGUAAUGACAUUAGUAGUGAUACUAGUAAUAGUAAUGUUAUUAAUAAUAAUAAUGAUAUAAAAAAUAUUGAUUCUAUUAACGAUAUUAAAAAAAAUGGUUCUAGUAAUGAUAAUAACAACACUUAUGAUUUUAAUAAUGAAGAUAUGGAUAAUUGUUCCCUUAAUAGUAUUAGUAAAUUGAACGAACGAGACAGUAUUAAUCAUUUUAGUGAUAAUAAUAUAAUGAUGACUAAUGAUAAGAAUAUGAAUGAUGAUUACAUAAAUUUAAAGCAGAGUAAUAGUUUUUUUUCGUUUAAUUCUUUAGAAAAUGCUAUAAAUGAUAAAGAAAAAAUGGAAAUAAAUACCCUCAAUUCAAAUUGUGAUAUAUACAGUAACAGUGUUGAAAAUAAUAAAGAAGAUACAUUAAUUGUAAGUUCAUCAUCUGUAAAUGAAAAACAUUUAAAUGACACAAUGAUAGAAAAUAAAAACGCAUCUAAUAAUGUUAACAUAAAAAAAAUGAACCAUUUUAAUGUGAGCGAUUAUAAUUUCAGUUUUACAAAUUACCUGCAUAAUAAAAAAAAAAAUAUUAUUUAUAAUAAAGAUAAAGUGUUUCACGUAAAUAAUAAUGAUCUUAAAGAUGUAAUGAUGUUUGACCAAACUUAUGAACACGAUGUUCAACAAUUAGGAAAACAUGAAUUCUGUAAUAAUGAUAAUACAGAAAGAUACAACAACUACAAUAAAGGAAAUGUAUGCAUAGAAGAGGAACGUAUCAGUACAAAGAAUAAGACAGGAGCAGACGAGGUGGAAGAAGUAAAUGAAGAAGAUGAAUGUAUUGAAAAAGAGAAGGAAAAAGCAAAUGAUUAUAAUAAUUUUUUAAAAAUGGAUGAAAAAGAAGGACAAAUAAAUGAUGUAGAAAAUUAUAGAAAUGAUCUUAAUAAUGUGCUUUUAAAAAAGAUUAUUCUAAAAACAUUGAAUAAAGGGAAUAAAAAAUGUAAAAUAAAUAAUAUAAUUAAAUUGAAAGAAAAGACAAUAAAUAAUGAAGAGAAUAAUAAAGAAAUAGAUGAAGAAGAAGAAGAGGAGAAUGUCGACUAUGAAGAAAGAGUAGAUUCUGAUGAUGAGGAUCAUGUGGAAUAUGACGAAGAGGAAGGUUCUGACGUUGAAGUAGAAGUUGAUGGAAUCGAAGAAACAGGAGGGGGGAAUAAAGACCACGAGGAAUAUGAACAUAAUGGGCAGGAAAAAUUGUGUCAAAAGGAAAAAAAAAGUGGUCAGAAAAUUCAUAAUGAAUAUGAAGAGAAUUAUAAUAAAGGUCAUACUAAUGAUUAUAACGAUAAUAAUAACGAAGAUGAUAACGUGGAUGGAUAUCUUGAUAUGGAAAGGUAUAAUUUAAAUGUAAAACAAAAUUAUGAAAGGAAAAAUAGUAUGGAGAAGAAAAUAGCCAAUAAUGAAGCCAAAGGAAAAGAAGAGAAAUCAAAUGAAGAAGAGGUUGUUUGUCGACCGUAUUGGUCAUGA